AUGCAGCAAGGCUGGGCUCUGGCAGUUCCUCCAGCUUCAAAUGGCCAUGGUUUCUGUGUAGCAUCAAAGAUUCUUUUUGAUUUGAGGGUUACUACAAUUCACUGGGCUAUCGUGGUGGCUGAGAUGGUAAAGAAUCUGUCCGCAAUGCAGGGGACCCAGGUUCAAUCCCUGUGUCAUGCAGAUCCUCUGGACAAGAGAAUGGCACCCACUCUAGUAUUCUUGUGUGGAGAAUUCCAUGGCCAGGGGAGCCUGGUGGCCUCUAGUCCAUGUGGUCACAAAGAGACAGAUACUAAUGAGUGGCUAACGCUUUCACAAUUCACCCACCACUCUAGUCUCAAGUAUAAAUUCCUCUAA